GCUAAAUCCGAGCUCCCAGACAGCAAGCCCCGUCCAACUGCAGUUCGCUCUGGUGGGAAGCCAGGGCAGCUGGCUUUCGAGGACAGCGGCCGGGCUUCUGCUUCGGCUGAGUCGUUGCCGGAUGGACAGAGACUGAAGCGACUCAAGUCUCAACAGCUGUUGAGCGACAUCGCAGAGAGACAUGCUCGUGAACUUGCAGAAGCACAAAGGCUGCUCGCUCAGGAGGAGGCAGAGGAGGAGCAGCGACUCUUCAAAGAGCAAGAGGCACUCCGCCGCCGAGAGGAGGAGCAGCGACUCUUCCAGGAGCGAGAGGAAGCCCGCCGCCGACAGGAGGAGGAGCAGCGACUCUUGAAGGAUCGAGAGGAAGCCCGCCUCCGAGAGGAGGAACAGCGACUCUUGAAGGAGCGAGAGGAAGCCCGCCGCCAAGAGGAGGAGCGGCUCUUGAAGGAGCGAGAGGAAGCCCGCCGCCAAGAGGAGGAGCGACUCUUGAAGGAGCGAGAGGAAGCCCGCCGCCAAGAGGAGGAGCAGCGACUCUUGAAGGAGCGAGAGGCUAAGGAAGGCUUUAGCCGUCGAGAUAGCACGAGCUCCGAGUCUUCCAUGGCAUCCUUGAAGAGGAAGCUUUCUCUGCAGGUGGAAGAGGACAAUCGUCGGGCCAAGGAAGCCACGGAGACCAACGAGAAGCUUGAGAAAAGGCGGAAGCUCCAGCUCAUGUUGGAGGAGGCUGAGAGGGCCAGGAAGCACGCAGCUGACAUGCUCUCACGGUGCGAUGAGUCGGACGACGAGCAUCUUCCAGCUCACGCGGCUAAGAAGCCCCUCCUUGUUACCCCGAGCAAG